UGUUUUUUAAAGGAGGAAAAAGGUUGUAUCUUUACAUUUUGUAAAACAAAAAAUCAAAAGAAUUCGCGAGUAAGCUUCUUGGAGGGUCCUGAUUCUGUAAGUUGUGCUAUAGUACUGCCCAUAUUCACCUGGAGGUCAAAUUUCAUGAGCCUCUAGGGAAAGACAUUUGAAAGAUCACAAUUGACACUUUGACAUCAUUUUUUUUUCUUACUACAAACAGAUGGGCAAAUAUCAAGUGUCAAGGAGUCAAUGAUAAAAACUGCACAGUUAUAUCUUUACAUAUCUUUUUUCACUAUAUCAAGCAGUCUCAGGAUAGCUUUGUUAUGCAUAUGAAUUUGUCAGACAUAUCACAGUGCAGAGGCAUUGAAUAAGGCAGCUGUGCUACCACAGUGGUGUGGUGUACAAGCUCAGUUAUCGGAUCCGAGUUGAACUCUGUGAGAUUUUUCAGGCGCAUCUGCAGAAGGCUGUUUACUAUCGCAAUGCAUCAUUUUCCCAUACUGGUUAAUAAACUCUGCUAUUUCUUAUGGGGCAGUCUACUGUUUUUACAUUUGUGAUUUGAUUACUAUCAAUAUAUUAAGGAAUAAACUAUUAAGACGUUGAUAACACAUUUCUACGUUUAUAACUAUGUGGGUUGUUUAAUCUAUACUGUGGUAUUUAUUUUAACUGUUCUGUACAACCUUCUAUGUAUACGAUCUAAUAAAGUAGAGGUAAGGAGAAUAUUGAAGGGCGUGUUGAUAGGUGAAAGGUAACCUAUUAUAUUAUUAUAUCCAACCCCCUGAAUCAUAAUAUUAAGCCUUUCUGUAAUGAGAAAGUAUGUCAAUUCUCUCUUGAGGCGAAGCGGUACAUGGAAUUAUUCAUACACUACAAUUCUUUCCUUCAGCACAAACAUGUGUCCACAAACACCUCUGUCUUCAUCGUCUAAUGCCUUAACUGGAAACUAUUGCUGUCAAGGUGUUUGUACCUCUUCAGGAUCCCUGGAUAAUUGCCGCUACGAGGACGACCUUUAUAUUUAUGAGUCUAAACUUAGGUCAUGUGCAGCGCAAAGCAGCGUCUCGGUUGAGGCGGCAAAACAACAAAUAUAUGAGUUACGAUGUAUUCGCUCGGAGCGCAGGGCACGUGAUAAAAACAGGCGCCUAUGGUUCUCCAUAAUUCUUUCCAUUCUUUUAUGGAUGUUUAUGAAUGAUCAAGCAAAUCGGUACUCUGCCAUGCUCACUCAUCUUCAAACACAAGAAUAUGCCAAAGCACACCUUCCAGUGAAGUGGGUCAUGCUUAAAUAAUCCUUGUGUAGUUCUUCUAUUCUUUCUUAUUUGGGAUACGGAAGGUAGUUGUAGCAAUGGGAAGACGUUCUUACAAAGGCGUAUGCUUUGGUGUGAUUUUUACUAUCAUUUUUUCUUGUAAAGCGGAAAAACGGGAAGGUCCCCUUUAAUUUCAUGGGAAAGGUAUAGAAUCAUACGUUUUCUGGUACAGAGCCAUACCAAAUUGAACAAAUAUAUUCACAUUGGAGAAAAAAUAUAUAUUAAUGGAAAAAUAUAAGUUAUUUU